UCGGCGGUCGCGUUUCCAGUUAAACUUUUACCGAAAAGGCGGACGGACGGGUCUUGAAAUCAAUCGUCGGGCUCCGCAGUUUCUACGCGAUUCAAUGCGAUUCGAUUCGGCUCCUGGAUUCCUGACAGCCUCCCGCAGAAUUCAAAUAUUCAAAUAAUUCCAAAACCAUUCAGAAAUCAAAAUAAAUAAAUACCUGCAAGUGAAAAUAAAUUUGCUAAAAAAAUAGAGCACAGAAUUCCUAAAGAAAAAAAUAAUCAAAAUAAAUAAGUGAAGAAAUAUAUUUUCAGGAAUUACUCAAAUGAAAAUACCCACACUAAAAAAAUAUCUGUUUUUCGGUGCUACUUGAAAUCAAUGAAAAAUUCAAUGCUAUUAGUGUGUGCAAAACAAAAAUAAAUAUGUGAAUGGAAAAAGUGCUCGAGAGUAAAUAGGCCGAAAAAGUCGAAACAAAAAUAUUUAAAAUAUAUCUUGGACAAACUGGUGCAGUUUUUUCUCGGCUACUCGGAUAUUUUCCAACAAAGAGCCAGUGCUAUUAUUAAAGUAAUUUGUGCGACACUUGCCACCUGUUCGACGACUUUUGGAAAACGCACACAAUUUAUGCAAACGACUUGGAGAAGAAAGCCGAUCUGAUUCGAGGGAAGACCAAAGAAAAAGUGAGAGUGUCGGCAGUCGUUGACCCAGUAUUGAACGAAUGAACAUUUUGAACGUUUUCGAACGAGAAACGCGUUAAAGGCGUCCGCUGAGCGCUAAGCCGAAGAAAGAGACGGACAGAGAGGCGGCGAAAGAGAUAGCAGGUAGACCAGGCGACAAUCACACAGCGACUACCGAGAUUUAUGAAGCAAGAUAGCCGGCAUAAAAGUCAAUGAACAGCGCUUUUAUUAGGCAUACGCCCCCACAUAAAUUACUAAUCAAGGCGAAACUAAUAAGAGGGCUUUACAUUUAUUGAAAUUAUGAUUAAUGAUGGGAGCUAGAGCGGCGAUGAAGCCGAUGCCGAGAGGCAUCAGGUCAGCUGGGGUUUAUUGCUCAUACGCCGCGUAAGCCCGCCGAAAAAGACUGCCGAUGGCUGAGUCUGCCGUGUCUGUAGGGGAUUGGCGGCGCAGAAGCCACAGAAACCAGAGAAACCACCACAAACUGAUCUCCACCGCCACGCUGACUUUGUUCGUGCUCUUCCUGAGCAGCUGGAUAGCCUAUGCGGCUCCUCAGCUGGUGGAAAAUGAAACGGAGUCGUCUUCGCAGGACUUUAACAGCAGCAGCGCCUUCCUGGGGGCCAUAGCCUCCGCCUCGGCCUCGGGAUCCUUCUCCCCGAUGAACAGCAGUCCCAUUGCCAUAGUCUCAUACCAGGGAAUCACGAGCAGUAAUCUAGGGGACAGCAACACCACCUUGGUGCCCCUUUCUGAUACGCCUCUGCUUAUAGAAGAAUUCGCCGCCGGGGAGUUCGUAUUACCACCCCUAACAUCUAUUUUCGUGAGCAUCGUCCUGCUGAUCGUCAUCCUCGGCACCGUGGUGGGCAAUGUCCUGGUCUGCAUAGCCGUCUGCAUGGUCAGGAAGCUGAGGAGGCCUUGCAACUAUCUCCUGGUGUCCCUAGCUCUCUCUGAUCUCUGUGUAGCUUUGCUAGUGAUGCCCAUGGCCUUGCUAUAUGAGGUCCUCGAGAAGUGGAACUUUGGGCCGCUGCUCUGCGACAUCUGGGUGUCCUUCGAUGUGCUCUGCUGCACUGCCUCGAUCCUCAAUCUGUGUGCCAUCUCCGUAGAUCGCUACCUGGCCAUCACGAAGCCUUUGGAGUAUGGUGUAAAAAGGACUCCCAGGCGAAUGAUGCUGUGCGUGGGCAUCGUCUGGCUGGCCGCCGCCUGCAUCUCACUGCCGCCGCUGCUGAUUUUGGGCAACGAGCACGAGGACGAGGAGGGCCAGCCCAUCUGCACGGUGUGCCAGAACUUUGCAUAUCAGAUUUAUGCCACGCUGGGCUCCUUUUACAUACCGCUCUCCGUGAUGCUCUUCGUGUACUACCAGAUCUUCAGGGCGGCGAGGAGGAUUGUGCUGGAGGAGAAGCGGGCGCAGACGCAUCUGCAACAGGCGCUGAACGGCACAGGAUCGCCGGUGGCCCCGCAGGCUCCUGGCACUCUUGGCCACACGGAACUGGGUUCGGGCAAUGGCCAGCAGCGGCACAGCAGUGUGGGCAACACCUCGCUGACCUACUCCACCUGCGGGGGCUUGAGCAGCGGGGGAGGAGCCCUCGCAGGACAUGGCAGCGGAGGGGGAGUGAGUGGCUCCACUGGAUUGCUAGGAUCGCCGCACCACAAGAAGCUGCGCUUUCAGCUGGCCAAGGAGAAGAAGGCCUCCACCACUCUGGGCAUCAUCAUGUCCGCCUUCACCGUCUGCUGGCUGCCCUUCUUCAUCCUCGCGCUCAUUCGUCCCUUCGAAACGAUGCAUGUGCCGGCCUCGCUUUCGUCCCUGUUUCUCUGGCUGGGCUAUGCCAACUCCCUGCUGAACCCCAUCAUCUACGCCACCCUGAACCGGGACUUUAGGAAGCCCUUCCAGGAGAUCCUGUACUUCCGCUGCUCCAGUCUGAACACCAUGAUGCGGGAGAACUACUACCAGGAUCAGUACGGCGAGCCUCCGUCGCAGCGGGUGAUGCUGGGCGAUGAGCGGCACGGGGCCAGGGAGAGCUUUCUCUAGGGGAUUUCUAGAUGGAAUCCAGCCAGGAUAAGGGAUUAGCUGAUGAGCUGACGAAAGAUCUUCUCUAGGUUUCCGGAAGAAGGCGACUCCUCUGCUCUCGACACACACUCACUUAAGUACACCCACUGGGGUGAGAACUAAAGAUCUAAAUAUAAUAGAAAAUGUAAAGUGCUAGGCGGAAAAUUAGUUUUUGGACUGUUUGACGAAGAUUAUUCUUGGGGUUUUGUAAAGAGAUCCAUAAAAUAAUUCCUGAAAAAAAUCUAUUAAAAUAAAAAACAUACUUAGUUGUUAAAAUAAUUUAUUUCAGAGCUCUAAAAAAUAUUAAAAAAAAUUAAGAACCUUGAAAAAAAACUUUUAAAAAUAAUUUAAUAUUUUCUUAUUGAAUGGUUUUCCAUUUUGAGUUUAUAGAACAAAAGAAAUAUAUUCCGAAAACUGUCCAAAGAUUACUUUCCACCUUUCAACGGCCACCCCAGUACCCACACACACAUGGAUAUUUGUAUGUAGUAGUGUUAGUAGUGCGUAUCUCUGUAUAUGUGCACCGCCCCCUGAAAAUUCGCAUUAUACGUAGGUAUAUUUCAAGUGCGAAUUGUAGACGACUCCUCUAAAUGUAACUUGUUGUUGUAAUUUUAAAUGUAGAACUAAGCAAUACCAAACAAACACACCUACACACACACACACACGGUUGUAACUGUGACAGGUUUCUACGGUUCCUUUUAUGUUUCGAAAACAAUCAGCACCGGAUAAGAGACACAAUCGUUAUCGAAUCUAUUGAUACCUCCCCCGAAAAAGCUCCUAGAAAAACCCUUGAAA